AUGUCCUCGCAUUUCCUGCUACCAAAAGCGCUUUACAUCACACUCUAUUCGCUUUAUGGCUCGGCAAUAGCGUACAUUGCUAUCUUUUAUAGUGAGGUGUUGCAUUUGAGUCCCAACCAGAUUGGAAUUCUUUUGGCAAUUGCUCCAUUUGUCCAAGUCGUCGCUUGCCCGUUGUGGACACUGAUUGCAGACAAAUACUCGAGAUUUCAUGGCCUGAUCAUGGGCCUGAUAGCAGCGAUAGGCGGAUCCAGCGUGGUGUCUCUGUAUUUCUUGCCUAAGUUUGAGCUGGAUGGUUUCUGGGUAAUGGCUGCUGCCACUGUAAGUGCAUUCCUGUUUGCUUUCUUUGGGAGUCCCAUUUGCGCCCUUGUGGAUAGUGCCGUGCUCAAGCUGUUGGCCGAUCAAAAGAUUCUCUAUGGUAACCAGCGUCUGUGGGGAUCUGUUUCGAAUGGUGUGCACAUCCUUGUCGUUGGCAUCUUGAUAUCUCGCAUGGGAAUUGGGAUCGCCUUUGCUGUCUUUCUCGGAGGACUGAUUCUAUUUGCUGUCUUAUCCUUGUUUGUGCGUUUUGAUUAUCAGAUGAUGCACGCCACAACAAACAACGGGAGCGGAAGAAUGGUAACGAAUGAUACUAGUGAUGAAUCAAAUGUGGGAGAGCGAUCGCCAUUGCUGACAGGAAAGUCGACUGCAGUGACAGGCGGCAACUAUUUGUAUAACCCUACUAGCACAUCAGAGCCAGCUUGGUUGCAAGAUGAUGCCAGAAGAAACUCAUCAAGCACGACUAUUCAAAGAAGAGACAGUAAUACAAAUACGCUCUACUUGACUACUACAACUACUGUGAUGGCUAUGAGUGUGCAAGUGGAGGCUGAUCAGGAGCUUCAUGCUACAUCCACAUUACCACCAUUGGGUCUGGUGAUCUCUUAUAUACCUACUCUAGAUACAUCUCUGUCAGCUUUGGGAACAAUACAUGAUGGCGCAGGAGACUUACCAGAGCCCUCCAUCCUCAAGACAAUUCUCGUCUAUACUUUUUUACUUUCAAUCCUGCUCUAUGGUUUGGCGCACUCCAUGAUUAGUCAAUUUUUGUUCUUGUUGUUGAAGGAUUUAGGCAUGGAUGCCUCCAUGAUGGGCUGGACAGGACCAAUUGGUGGUGUUGCAGAAGUGCUGACAUUCUGGAUGUCGAGAAAGCUGUUUGAUACUUACAGCGUGACGUUAUUGAUGACAGCUGCGUAUCUGUCGUUCAUCUUUAGAGCGUUCGCAUACAUGUGCUUGCAACCAAAUCAGAGUGCCUCUCUGAUUAUCGCUUUGGCCUUGCAGAUUCUUAAUGGAUUCUCUUACGCCCUCAUCUGGUCAACCGCUGUAGCUGAGGUCGAUGGUUUCUUCCCUGUAGAUCAAAGGUCAGUUGCUCAAGGUAUAUUAGCAGCACUGUUCUCGGGCCUAGGAUAUGGAUUGGGAUGUAUAAUUGGUGGUUGUGUAUACGCUGUGUAUGGAUCGAUCAAGCUGUUUCAAAUAUCUGCUUUUAUUUGCACUUUGAGUCUAGUUGUCUUUUUGUCUGGAAGGAGAUAA